ACUCCGCCGCGCCGCGGCUCUUUCUGGUCUGAACUACAUUUCCCAGCGGCCCCAGCGAGCACCGGGCGGGCGGCCCCUUUGUGUCCUCCGGAGGCCGUGGAGCUUCUCUCGGGGCCCGCGGGGGCUGGGUUCCAUCAGACCCGGGGCAGGAGGUGGGCCCGAAUGGAGGCUGCCCGAGCCUUCGGGGCGGGGGCCGGAUCUUCCCGCAUCUCAGCUCUGCAGGGAAGGGUGCAACAGGAGGAAAGAGAAGAGGAGAAAUUCUAGGCUGGUGAUUCUGAAUGCUCAAGGAAAGCCUAGUUUCUCGUGUUCUCUUCCCCAUCUCAGUCAUCUAAGGGCACCGCCAUUUCCCACGGGAAGAGCCAGGAGGAGGAAAGAAUGGCUGUUGACCUUCUUAAAGCCACGUACCAGGAGUUGGUGACCUUCACAGAUGUGUCUGUAGACUUCUCCCGAGAGGAGUGGGAUUGUCUAAAUUCUUCUCAGAGACAUCUGUACAGUAAUGUGAUGUUGGAGAACUACAGGCUCUUGGUGUCACUGGGACUUUGCUUUUCCAAGCCAAGUGUGAUAUUAUUGUUGGAACAAGGAAAAGAGCCCUGGAUGGUGAGGAGAGAGCUGGCAAAAGGCUUGUGCCCAGGCUGGAAAUCUAUGGGUGAGACUGGAGAAUUAACCCCAAAGGAGGACAUUUAUGAAGCACAGUCAUCUCAGAAGAUAAUAGAAAAACUUAGAAGCUGUGGUCUUGAGUACUCUAGUUUGAGAGAAGAAUGGAAAUGUGAGGCCUAUUUUGAGAGGCAACCAGUGACUCAGAAGGCAUGUUUCAAAGAAGAGACAGUCACUUAUGGGGAAGCCCCUGUUGAUAAAAGAGGACAAGAAUAUAACAAAUCUUGGGGAAGUUUCCAUCUGAACACACUGCUUCACGCACAGCAGAUAAUCACCAAAGAGGAGAAAGUACAUAAACAUGACACACAUAAGAGGAGCUUUAAAAAAAAUUUAGUGGCCAUUGAGCCCAAAAGUAUCUAUACAGAGAAGAAACUUUUAAAAUGUAAUGACUGUGAAAAAGUCUUCAGCCAGAGCUCAUCUCUUACUCUUCAUCAAAGAAUUCAUACUGGAGAGAAGCCUUAUAAAUGUGUAGAAUGUGGGAAAGCCUUCAGCCAGAGAUCAAAUCUUGUUCAACAUCAGAGGAUUCAUACUGGAGAGAAACCCUAUGAAUGUAAGGAAUGUAGGAAAGCUUUCAGUCAGAAUGCACAUCUAGUUCAACAUCUGAGAGUUCAUACUGGAGAAAAACCUUAUGAAUGCAAGGUAUGUAGGAAAGCCUUCAGCCAGUUUGCCUACCUUGCUCAGCAUCAGAGAGUUCAUACUGGAGAGAAACCCUAUGAGUGUAUUGAAUGUGGGAAAGCAUUUAGCAAUAGAUCAUCCAUUGCUCAACACCAGAGAGUUCAUACUGGUGAGAAACCUUAUGAAUGUAAUGUCUGUGGGAAAGCAUUUAGCCUUCGUGCAUACCUUACUGUACAUCAGAGGAUACAUACUGGAGAGAGACCCUAUGAAUGUAAGGAAUGUGGGAAGGCCUUCAGCCAGAAUUCACACCUUGCUCAACAUCAGAGAAUACAUACUGGAGAAAAACCUUAUAAAUGUCAGGAAUGUAGGAAAGCAUUCAGCCAGAUUGCUUACCUUGCUCAGCAUCAAAGAGUUCAUACUGGAGAAAAACCCUAUGAAUGUAUUAAAUGUGGGAAGGCUUUUAGCAAUGAUUCAUCCCUUACUCAACAUCAGAGAGUUCAUACUGGAGAGAAACCAUAUGAAUGUAAUGUUUGUGGAAAGGCUUUUAGUUACUGUGGAUCCCUUGCCCAACAUCAGCGAAUUCAUACUGGAGAGAGACCAUAUGAAUGUAAAGAAUGCAAGAAAACUUUCAGGCAGCAUGCACACCUUGCUCAUCAUCAGAGAAUUCAUCUUGGGGAGUCACUCUCACCACCCAAUCCAGUCAAUCACCAAGUCCUGUAAACCCUGUAUCAUAAAUAUUCCCAGAAUUCGUACUUUUUCUGCAUCUCUGAUGUUACCCUAGUAAGAGAUUCAUCUCACCUGGAUCAAUCACUGCUGUAAGAUUUCCAACAGGUCUUCCAGCAUCAACUGUUGGUACCCUUAAAUUAAUUUCCCAUCAUGCACCCAAAUUCAUCUUUCUGAAAUAGAGAAUAUGCACAUCACUGCCUCCAGUUAACUUUUUUUGGGUUUUUGUAUUGUUCUUAGUUUUGCUAACAUCUGCAGUCUUUAAAACUGUCUAUGAGGUGCUUCAUUAUUUGGUUCUUAUAUACCUUUCAGCCUUAUUUUAUUCCAUUCUCCCACUUUGGACACUAGGUAUUUCCUUGGAGCUUAGAUUCUGAAAAAUCAUAGUUCUACAACUAUGGGGCAUUAUGUGACUGAGUGAGUACUUUGCUUGAUUCAUCCAAACCUCAGGGUUUUCUUUAAUUCUUAACAUAGGGAUAAUAAAGGAUACUAUAUUGUAGAAAUGUGUGUAUUAAAUAGUCUUGUAGAAUGAUGCAUAUUAAGAAAUUUGCAUGUAAAGUACUUUACAUAGUGCAUCAGAAAUAGCUGAUAUUCAAUAAAUUGUUAUAGCUAAAAUGCACUGAGUGUCUGUUAUGCACCAGGCACUGUUUUACAAACACAAAAUAAUAUUAACCCUCACAACUAAAGCAGGAUUCCUUAAUGGGCAAAGUAAAACAUCCUUGGGAAGCAACGAUCAGAAUUGGGAAGACCUACAAGUUUUAGAAUAUAAGUGGGAGACUGUGUAGGUGAGGAAUCAAUAUAGACACAAGUAGUAGAACUGUGAUAUUUAAAACCAGUUUUAAGGAGUUUCUAAAGAGAAUUCAAUGAAUCAAUUAAAAGAAAUGAGUCACUGAGAAGAAUACACAACUUAUAUUUAGAUGAAGAAAAGAAUAAAGAGUCACAACUCCAAAAAAAUAUGGACGUUCAUGCUGUCCCAUAAAACACCAAUCCCAAGUAAUUGUAUAGGUGAAUCUAGAUAAUUUUAAUAGCAUUUAAACUUUUCCACACCAUAGAAAAAUCAUGGAGUUUGUAAAGUUUUUAUCCAGUGGGUAAAAUUGAAAGUCAAAGGGGUUGAAGGGAGAAAAACUACAGACAUAUGCACACAUGUAUUUAUAUACAUAUAUACUUCCUCAUUCAGUGAAUAUUGAGUAGCUCCUAUUGGCCAGACACUGUUUUGGACAUGACAUAACAGUGAUCAAUACAAAGACUGUCCCCAUGGAGUUAGUUAAUGAGAUAGGUAAUAACAUAUAAAAAAGUAGAUGUUCUAGAUCCAGAAAACAACAAUACUAAAAUAUUUAGUAGUAUAUAGUCUAGGCUGAAGAGACUCAGUAGUCAGUUACUACUAAUUCAUGGAUUCAAUGCAGUUAAACCCAAAAUUAUUAGACCUUUUUGCCCUUUCACAACUUUGUUCUGAAAUUUGUAUGUGAACUGUGAACUUUUAAAAACAGCAAGAAAAUGAAUCUGAUCCAUUUGUAGGAAUUUUGCAUAUAAUUCAUACCAGUAAAGGAUGGACUUGGGGGUGUUAGAAUAAUUGGCUAUAUACAUUACUGUAGUAAAGGAAAUGCAAAUGAAACCAUAAUGAGGUAUAUCAAUCACAUUUUUGUAAGAGUAUCACAGUGCCAAUUACUGGGAAGAUGUAAAGCAAUAGGAAUGUUCAUACAGUGCUACUGGAAGUAGUAUUUAGGAUAAUUAAACAAUAUCUAGUGAAGUUGAAGGUGUGGAUAUACUCUGACCCAGCAGUUCCACACUUAAUACCUCUAUAGAGUCUCAUGUAUUCAGGGAACUGUAUAUGAAGGUCCAUUUCAGCAUUGUGUGAUUGCAAAGUUUAAGGUAAUCAAAAAAACCAGGGUGAAUAUAAGUUAGAACCUAAGUUAAAGUUAAUGAAGUCGAGAUACUUCUAUCAACAUGGAUAUAUCUCAAAAAACAGUAUUAAUGAAACUGAACUAGUGAGUAGUUUGUAUAAUACCGUACCACUCAUAUAAAUUCUGAAAACAUGCAAAUCAAUGCUAGGUAUAUUUCCCAAAGCUAAAUACAAUGUGGAAAUAGUAUAAUAACACUCAUGGAAAUAAUCAAAUUCAGAACAGUGGUGACCUCUGGGAAUGAAAAAAAUGAGAUUGAGAAAGGAUACAAAGGGAGAUACCUUUUAAUCACUUCUUUAAUCACUUAAACAAUUAUGGCCAAUUCUUAAAAACUUAAACUGGUUGUGGGCUUAUAGGUAAGGUUCUUAUCUUCUGUUUCCUUCUGUAUAUUUAAAUUUUCAUGGUGAAAAAAAUAAACAUUUAGAUAAUG